AUGGUCAAGACCGGUUCCGUCGAAACUGGCAUCCGCGAGAAGCGCGGCGUGCGCGGCAGGUGUGCCGCGCACCGCGGCACCGGCAUCUCCCGCAGGGCGAGGCCUUUCAGCGUGUUGUCGCGCUUUUGGUUUCGAGGCGAAGGCGCGGUGCUGCGCUGCCGUCUCAUUGGCCGGGCGGAGACCUCGGGGCUGGCGGUGGCCUGGCAGGCGAGCUUCGAGGCGGAGCUGCGGCGGCAUCUGGCGCAGCUGCUGCCGGAGGUGGUUCUGGUGCAGCUAAGGGCCCGGAGCCGCCAGAACAAGGUGAGCGUGCACGUGUCCUUCCAGGGCGCCCACCAGAGUGACGCCAUAGCCCUGGAGCAGGGCUUCGCAGAUGGCAGCCUUAGGCGCCUGGCCUUGCGGAACUGUUCGGGGCUCAACCCUUGGCCUACCUCCCAGGCCUUGCGCCAGUUCCUCCUGCGCGAUGUCUCCUUGGACACGUUCUGGGUGGUGGAGCGCCACGAAUGGCACAUCCCGAGCUUCCUCCAGGUGCGGACGGAGCCGGAGGUGAGAUGCCUGGCCCAAGGCGACGGAGUCUGUCGAGACCAGGUGCAAAGUCGCCCGGUGCUCGCCUCGCAGCCCUUCGACCUCGGCGGAGGUAGGAACCUCACGCUGCAUCUUCAUCCCGCCGGCGUCUGUCAUCCCGGGCAGCCAGGUGCUUGCCUGACGCUCUCCGCUGCCGGGCACGGGCUGCCUUCCUUUCCGUUUCUGUUGUCAGCAGGUCCCAACAGCGAGAUCUGGGCCGGGCCCUACGGCCGAGAUUCUGGCAACCGCUUCUUGUCAGGCGGGGCCCUGUGCGGCACAGAGGAGCUUCAGCAGCUCGCCGCCGUGGACGCGGGGAAGACCUUGGUGCUGGCGGUGGAAGCGGUCCAGCUGGAGCCGCCAGAUGGAGCCAUGGACGAGGUGCCUGUGCUCCCCGAGCCCCAGGUUGCGCCGGCAGAGGUCGUACCAGCAGAACCGCAGGCGACCUGGCGGGAGCUUCAAAACCUGGAGGCCUCGCUGCGCCGUCUGGCCGCGAGCCCGAGGUCUGAGCCAGAGCCAUUGGCGCUAGAAGGGGCUCAGCUUUUGGCGGCAGUGGCGCAGGCGGCCAAGGGAGUGGAGGCAGCAGCGGCGGCGCUGGCCGACCAGCCCUGGCGCCACCUGGCGGAGGCGAUGUCCGCCACCCACCAGCGGGUGGAGGACUUGGCCCAGCAGCUCGCGGAGCUCCAGGCGAAAACCGCUGGCAGCCCUGAAGCGAGCAGUGUCAGGCAACGGCUGAACACUGCCCUGGAGCUGGCCGGCUCGCGGCUCAUGUGGCAGGUGUCCCUUUGGGACUCCCAGGACCCUGAGUCUCCUCGGUUGCUCCUGCAGCAGCCGCUGAACGACUCCGCAUCCACGGUGGACUUUCAGGACUGA